GCGAGGAGGCGUUCAUAAACUAAGAAAUGAGGUUUUACUCACAGAAGUUCCCAGAAGUCGAUGAACUUGUCAUGGUACAAGUUCGUCAAAUCGCAGAAAUGGGUGCCUACGUAAAGUUAUUAGAAUAUGAUGGUAUAGAGGGUAUGAUCUUGCUUUCAGAACUUUCAAGAAGACGUAUAAGGUCGAUCCAAAAGUUGAUUAGAGUCGGCAGGAAUGAAGUCGUCGUCGUACUCAGAGUAGACAAGGAGAAGGGUUACAUUGAUUUGUCAAAGCGUAGAGUAUCUCCAGAGGAUGUUCUCAAAUGUGAAGAACGGUUCAAUAAGUCAAAAGCAGUACACAGUAUCAUGAGCCACGUUUCCGGUAAGCUUAACCUCGACAUGGAGAAGCUUUACGAGGAUGUUGCAUGGCCAUUACACAAUAAGUAUGGACACAGCUACGAUGCUUUCAAAUUAUCCAUUUCUGAACCAGAAAUGAUAUUCAGUCAGCUCAGUGUUAGCGAGGAGAUUCUUCAUGAGUUGAAGGCAAACAUUAGCAGGAGGCUCACACCACAACCUGUUAAAAUCCGUUCAGAUUUAGAAGUUACCUGCUUCAGCUACGAAGGUAUUGAUGCUAUCAAGGGCGCUCUCAAGGCUGGUGAAGCACUUCAAACCGAGACUAUCCCUAUCAAAAUCAAGCUUGUUGCACCACCACUCUAUGUUAUUAGCACGACUUCAACUGACAAAGCAGGUGGUCUCGCUUUGUUAGAAAAGGCUGUCGCUUUAGUCCAAGAGAAGAUGCAACAAUCUGGUGGUGAAGUGAACAUCAAGAUGAAACCUAAGGCAGUUUCAGAAUCUGAGGACAACGAAUUACAAGCACUUAUGGAGAGAGUUGAAAGGGAAAACAAGGAAGUUUCAGGUGACGAAUCCGAUUCAGACUAAAAUUAACUAAAUUUGGUUCAAAUGCAUAAAUAUUUCAUUUUAUAAAAUUAUAUAAUAAUGCUAUCCAGGAAGCGAAAGAGAGAGAGAGAAAUAUGGUUGUUCUAUUAAGCAUACAAACGCUUGGUGUAGCUGUUCAAUCCAUGUACACCACCUUCUAAUUGAGCAGAUGCGGUACGAAGUUCAAACCUAACCUUGCCAGCUUUGACGGCUUCUUGAAGUUCAGCAACGCUUCUUUCACCCAUAUCUUGCAAACUGUGUUGAAGACCGUUGUAGAGGUAUGGCAUAAACUUGGUGAUUGAACCCUUGUCGACAACGUCACCGGAGACACCUUGUGCGACCUUGACAGAGUCAGCUUCACUGAAGUAUCUACCUGAAGCGGCAUUAUCCUUGCUGUCAUCUUCAGCGUUGACUACGCUCUUCUUCUUGAGCUUAUGUUGCAUAGCCUCGAUGGAACCCAUACCACGGUAGGCUUUAACACGUUGACCUUGGUGGUAGAAGUAUUCACCAGGUGAUUCUGUUGUACCAGCAAGCAUACCACCCAUCAUGACUGCAGAGGCACCCAAGCAGAUUGCCUUUACGAUGUGACCGACAUUUCCGAUACCACCGUCUGCAAUGGUUGGGACACCGAAUUGGUUGGCGAAUUCGGAGACUGCGUAGACAGCGGUACCUUGUGGUCUACCAACAGCCAUGACUUCUUGGGUAAUACAGAUAGAGCCUGGAACCCAUACCG